ACUGUCACGUGACCGCCCGAGCCUGAGCCCCGCCUCUUUCUCCUCCCAGGUGCUCCGGUGUGGACUGGAAGCGCCGGCCCCGGCGGAUUCACUGGAGCACGGAUCCUGCGGCCGGUUGGGCCGGUGCCCUUUCCCGCUCUGGGAAGAAAGAGAGAUGGAGGUUUCCUGGCGGUUCUGGAUAGUUCUCUUUCUGACCCUGCAGGGUCUGUCCGCAUUGGAUUUUGACCCAUACCGAGUCCUGGGGGUCAGCCGCACCGCCAGUCAGGCUGACAUUAAAAAGGCGUAUAAGAAGCUCGCCCGGGAAUGGCAUCCUGACAAAAACAAAGACCCUGGUGCCGAGGACAAGUUCAUUCAGAUCAGCAAGGCCUAUGAGAUUCUCUCCAAUGAGGAGAAGAGGACGAACUACGACCACUAUGGUGACGCUGGUGAGAACCAGGGCUACCAGAAGCAGCAGCGCGAGUAUCGCUUCCGCCACUUCCAUGAGAACUUUUAUUUCGAUGAGUCGUUUUUCCACUUCCCUUUCAAUUCGGAGCGGCGGGACUCCAUCGAUGAGAAGUACCUGUUGCACUUUUCACACUACGUGAAUGAAGUGGUUCCCGAUAGCUUCAAGAAACCCUACCUCAUUAAGAUUACCUCGGAUUGGUGCUUUAGCUGUAUCCAUAUCGAGCCUGUCUGGAAAGAAGUGGUCCAGGAAUUGGAAGGACUGGGUGUGGGGAUUGGUGUCGUCCAUGCUGGCUAUGAAAGACGCCUGGCCCAUCACCUGGGAGCACACAGCACCCCCUCCAUCCUAGGAAUCAUCAAUGGGAAAAUCUCCUUCUUCCACAAUGCAGUGGUUCAUGAGAACCUACGGCAGUUCGUGGAGAGUCUUCUUCCAGGGAACUUGGUGGAGAAGGUUACAAAUAAAAAUUACGUGCGAUUCCUCUCUGGCUGGCAGCAGGAGAAUAAGCCUCACGCCCUCCUGUUCGGCCAGACACCGGCGGUGCCACUGAUGUACAAGUUGACGGCUUUUGCGUACAAAGAUUAUGUGUCAUUCGGUUACGUGUACAUGGGCUUGAGAGGUGUGGAAGACAUGACCAGGCAGUACAACAUCAAUGUCUAUGCCCCUGCCGUGCUGAUCUUUAAAGAGCACAUCAACAAGCCUGCUGAUGUCAUCCAGGCUCGAGGGCUGAAGAAGCAGGUCAUUGAGGACUUCAUCGCCCAGAACAAGUACCUGCUGGCAGCCCGGCUCACCAGCCAGAGGCUCUUCCAUGAACUCUGCCCUGUGAAGCGGUCUCACCGACAGAGGAAGUACUGUGUGGUUUUGCUGACUGCCGAGGCUAGCAAGCCAAGCAAACCCUUUGAAGCCUUCCUGUCAUUCGCAUUGGCAAACACUCAAGACACGGUGCGGUUCGUGCAUGUCUAUAGCAGCCGGCAGCAGGAGUUUGCCAGCACAUUGCUGCCAGACAGCGAGAUGUUCCAAGGACAGUCAGGGGUGUCCAUCUUGGAGAGGCGAAACACAGCGGGAAGGGUGGUAUUUAAAACCCUGGAAGACCCCUGGACGGGCAGUGAGAGCGACAAGUUCAUCCUUUUGGGUUAUCUUGACCAGCUUCGGAAAGAUCCGGCCUUUCUCUCCUCUGAAGCUGUCCUUCCUGACCUGGCCGAUGAACUUGCCCCUGUGUUUCUUCUCCGCUGGCUCUACUCUGCUUCUGAUGCCCUCUCGGACUGGUGGGAGAGCCUACUCCACAGUAACUGGCGAGAGAUGAUGCCGCUGCUGUCCCUCAUCUUCUCAGCCCUCUUCAUACUCUUUGGCACUGUCAUUGUCCAGGCUUUCAGCGACUCAAAUGAAGAACGAGAGUCACAGCCUCCAGAAAAAGAAGAGGUCCCUGAGAAGGCCGGGAAGACUGAGCCAACUUUCACCAAAGAAAACAGCAGCAAGAUUCCUAAAAAAGGCUUUGUAGAAGUAACUGAACUCACAGAUGUGACAUACACCAGCAACUUGGUACGCCUGAGGCCAGGCCACAUGAAUGUGGUCCUCAUCCUGUCCAAUUCCACCAAGACAAGCCUGCUGCAGAAAUUUGCUUUAGAGGUCUACACAUUCACCGGGAGCAGCAGCCUCCACUUCUCCUUCCUCAGUCUGGACAAACACCGCGAGUGGCUGGAGUACUUGCUGGAGUUUGCUCAGGACGCAGCCCCGAUCCCAAACCAGUAUGACAAGCACUUCAUGGAGCGGGACUACACUGGCUACGUGCUGGCCCUGAAUGGCCACAAGAAGUAUUUCUGCCUUUUCAAGCCCCUAAAGACAGUGGACGAGGAGACUGUGGGCUCUUGCGACCCUGACUCCUCCAGAGGGAAAACCCCCUGUGGCCUCGGGCCCAAGCCCCUCAAGGGCAAGCUAAGCAAGUUGUCCUUGUGGAUGGAGCGCCUGAUGGAAGGUUCCUUGCAAAGGUUUUACAUCCCAUCGUGGCCUGAGCUAGACUGAGACAUGGACUCUUCAGGUUUUUAACGUGCCCCAGGAACAGGGCUUUUCAGGGGAGUCUAGGUUUUAGAUUUCUCUUCUUGAGCAAUGGCUAGAAGACCUUUUCUUUGUCACCUAGGAGUAAAACAUGUCGCAGGUUUGAUCCCUAGAUGACACUCUUUCCUUUGGGUUUUCUCCUCCCGUAUGAAUGCCGCACUAUUUAAUAGACCGCUCAUCCCCUCUUCUUUGCUGUCCCUGUAACAUGCUCACACCACCCUGUCUUUAGGUUGGAGAAACCCAGGGCUUGACCUUGAGUCAUGCCUGAACAAACCUCAGGAUCCUCAAGAACCUGUCAUGCAGGGUGGGUCACUAUACCCCCAACCCCCUCCCCUGUAGGCUCCUAAUUUGGCCCCUGCCAUGCUUCUGCCAAGGCGACAGGCCACCACAGUUUCUAGGUCCUGCAUCUUCAAAAGAGGCCUAGUUCUAAGCAAUUUUAAAUGUGACCGUCUUCUGGGAGCAAGCAUUGAGAAGUAUAUUUUGGGGGUAUCCCCCACAACAGUUGGCCAGUCAAACUUUGAAAGGAAAGGGCUGAGCAGUGGAUGGGGGUGUAACAUUUCCAUUUGGUCUUCCCCACCAAGAGAAGGGAGGGUUGAACACUGACUGGAGUCGCAUAGCCCUGUGGUCCUUCGUGAGCGUCCCUUGUUCCUCAUCUCUGUCCCCUCUCUACACUCCCAUGUAAGCCCCAUCAUAGCCAGGACAGAGUCUGCCUAGCCAGAAGCACUGUAAUGACUGAGCCACUGACCUGUCUCCAGAUGCCUUUCUGCCUCUGUGGAUUUUAGAGUUUGGAUACUAGGAGCCAUAACCUGUGGUCUUAUUCUCUGAGCGUAGAUAAGCUGCUAUAGAGCCAAUAGAUUUAAGAUGACGCCAAGAGCCAGGUGCAGGAGCCUUCCUGCCUGACUCGCUCUCGAAUGAAAUGCCGGGCGUGUCUUCGUACCAAGGAACCUGACCUCUCUGACAAUUGCAUUUUGAACAUUGUUGUCCCCAAAGUGCUGAAUUUUCAAGUUGUCUCUUGUGACUGUGAGCUGAGACUUGUUCCAGAUUCCUAUCUGGCAGGCAGCUAGCUUCCUACUUCUGGCCUGCAUUUUGGCAUCUCGGCUUUAUCGUUUCCUCCUUCCCUUAUUGCUGCUUCCUGCUGCCAGAUCAGAUUCAUCAAAUACAGAUUGCCUGGCUCCACGCACCUCAGGCUCAGGGCCGGAUCAUGUUCGCCCAUUCAACAUGCCCUCUGUGUUUAGGGCCAGACCACGGCCACACGUGGUGUGUUCUACUGUCAAGCAAGUGCCCUAUUGCAAAGUGAAGGGCACAGAUCAGGGACAGGACAUUCACUCAGUUAGUAUUCUCUAAUCAUAUUUGCUUUGAACCAAGCACCUCGGAUCCUGACUACUUUAAACACUGAGCUCCAGUGGUAAGUGAUGAACUCUCUGAGCCCAGGACCCCUCUGUAGUUUUCAAAGAAUCUUUAGCUUUAUUAAAAAAUAAAGAAAUCACUGCCAGGCUUCAUUCUUCCAUCUGGCCCUCUAGAAGUACACGCUGACUCAAUGCUGCUUCUCGUGCACUUGGCCCAGCUAGAAAGCAUGAAGGAAUCACUUGGCUCCUCAGUGCCCAGUCCUCAGAGUGUGUUUCUGGAGACUGGGGGUGAGCUGGGGUAGGACACGUGCCUAGCAUGUGCAAGGCCUGAGUUCCAUCCCUAGUAUCACAUACACAAACGUGUUUGGUUUGGAUUUAUUUUUUGGUUUUGUUCUGGUUUUUUUUUUCCUUUAUUUUUAUGGUGGGGCUCCUCUCGUGAGUAUGUUGUAACUCAUUCAUAGAUUUUUGUCUUUAUAUUUCUGGAACUGAUAAAAUUCCUUGAUGUGUAAUUUCUGAAAGCCAAAAAACUCCCCAGAUAUUUGUUCUUUUUCAAAACUGUACCAAGAAGAUAAAGGUCCCUGCCAUUGGGGGUGUUCCCAGCAAAUUUGAGUCCGGAAUGCCUGCAGAUCUGAUAGGGGUAGUGUCACCAAGGGUGUCAUGGAGCUUUGGUUUGGUUGCUUGCUUGUUUUGAGACAGGGUCUCACUAUGUAGCCCAGGCUGGCUUCCAACUCAAGGUCUUCCUGCCUCAGCCUCCCAAGUCCUGGGCUUACAGGCAUGCAGCACAAGUCUGCCGUGGCAGAUCCAAGCCUUCCUUCCUGAAUGUUGUUUCCAUUAAUUGUUUAUUUUUGUGUCAAAUACGAGCUACUUUUAUGCUCAGUCGAAUGCCAAGGUUUCUUGUCCUUAUGAAUGUCAUAUCACAGGACCCAAUUUCAGUGAGACAUUGCUGUUUGAGGAGGUGGGCGUCUGCCCGAGACCGCCUGCAAAUCAUGUUCAGUAGAUGGGGCAUAGCAGCCUCCUUAGUCAGUCUCUGUGGAAGACUUCCUGCCACUCAGGGACAGCUGCCAUUUGUCCACUCUAAAGAAUUUGCUUGUUUUCAGAUGGGUGAGUCUCCUCAUUCACAGCCUUUUAUGUAGUGCUAAGUCAUUUGCAGCCACCACCAUGUUUCCCUGGCGUUAAAAUAAAAUAAAAUGGGUCUGACCCACUUGCUUCGCUUAGGCUAGGGAUUGAAAGCAAGCACUCAGCUCUGUUUUGUUUUCAAAGUGGAAUUCCAUAUUGGGGCUGGAAUUCAGUGAGAAAGCGUUUGCCUAGCACAUGUGAGCCCCUUGGUUUUGAUUCCCAGUGAUGAGGGAGGAAAGUCAGGCAGAAUCCCCUAAAUAUUGUUGCAAGGAGCCAGGUGUGGUGGCACACACCUAUAACGCCAGCACUCAGGAAGCAGAGGCAGGAGGAUCCAGAGCUCAGGGUCAUCCUUAACACGAACAGGUAAAACCAGCUUGAGCUGAGACCUUGUCCCAGCAAACAAGAGGUGGUAGGGUGGGGUGUGACACGGGCUAGAAGGCUCUGUAGUGCACCUGAGGCCCUGAGCACCACAAAGUAAGUAGACAAGCAAACAGCGGAAUAAGGAGAGGAUGGAGGUUUGUGUCCGCGCGUCUGGCAUCACGCUUGGAAGCAGGCAACACGGCAGGCAGUGCCGACUCUGCCGUGGUGUCUGCUAGGAAAGAUGGCUGCACCUGGGAGACAGCCUGAGAGGAAGGGGAAUGUUUUGCACUUUUGAUACUAUUAAGAACAAAUAACUUAUUUGGCAAAUCAUGUCUUUUUAUGUUUACGGUUUUAUUUUUCAGUUUGUUUUUGGGUUUGUUUUUGUAUUGUGAACAGGCACUAAAGCUAAUGUUAUUUUGUUUUAAGAAUAUUACAGAUUGGAAACAAAUAAACUAUUUUGAUGUGUGA